UUGCGCGCUUAGAGGGUAUUUCAGAGUUUACGCUACGCGAUGACGUUGUGCUUCAAGCUUCUCCUGUGGGCAUACCUCGUGGUUUUGGCUGCUUCUGACAGUGCGGAUAAUGUCAGACUUGCAGUCUCAAAAGAGAUACUAAAUGAAUUCAUUUUCGAGGAGAAGGAGAUGACUAUUUUGUAUACAAUUUACAACUUCCACGAGUCGCGACCUGCAAGAGAUGUUGAACUGUUUGACGUUUUUUCUGAGACAGAGUUCACACAAAUCCACGGAAGUUCUUCCGCUCGUUGGUCCAUAAUACCGGCUGCAUCAAAUGUCACCCAUGCCUUGGUCCUCGUGCCACAAAUAAGUGGUGUUCACAACUUUUCCAGUGCUACCAUCACUUACAAGUCCAAUGACCUACAAGGAAAUGUUCUGUUACACUCUUCUGCACCUGGUCUAAUUACAAUCUACAAAGUGAAAGAGUACAACAAGCGUUUCGCUUCUCAUACGAUGGAGUGGAUUGGUUUCGCUUUGAUUAUUACACCCUGUUUAUUAAUACCAUAUAUGUCAUGGUAUUCAAGUGCAUCAAAGUAUUAACUAUCAAUAUGAUUUCUUGUCAUUUUGUAUAUUUUUUUUGUUCAUUUGGAUAAUUAUUUGUACUUUGUUUUUCUUUCUUAUAUCGUUAGUUUGUCUAUGUUAUUAUGUACAUAGAGUGAAGGACAGUGAAUUUCUAAUAAAUGCAUGUUAGAAAUGCUCAGGAAAUACUAUUUUACUUUUUCUGUUCUCUUUUUUAUGUUACUGUUUAGAAUACAAAUAAGUAUUGUAGAUUUUGUAUGAUACAUGCAUCACUUCUGUCUUAAUGGUGUUAAUAUACGUGUGUCAG